CACAACUACUUUGCUCUACACAUGCUUGGGCACGCAGUUUGUUCAGUGCAUGUGCUAGCUCAUCCUGGCACGACCCCAUGCAGUUGGUACAGUCAGUCAGGCCUGCAUCGCAGCAAAUGGGACACCUGCCGCGUUGAGCUGUGUACUGAUGGCUAGAUGGCGACAUUUCGAGCGUGACGUCUCAUGUUGAAUUGCUCACAAGUCCGAAUCCAUUUGGGCUCUAGCGUCUCUCGCUGCGUCAAGACGACAAGGCAGCUCCGCUGGUCAGGCAGCCGCCCCUUGCUUCUUGGCCGCACGGCUUCGACGAUUCCCGCCUCUUUGCAUGCAGCAACAUUCCACUGAGUGCCUGGCGGCACGGUGGCGGAUCCGCUGCUGGUCAUGGCCAGGGUGGAGUUUCCCCCAGUGCUCGACCUCUUGGUUGGGCGGGAGCGUUUCACCGUCGCCCUGUCCACCCUGCGCAAGUUUGGCGACAGCAUGCUGGCCAAAAUGUUCAGUGGGAACAUGGACUCUCUGCAGAAAGAUGACGCCUACUUCAUCGACCGCGAUGGGAAAUGGUUCGGCACUAUCUUAGAGUAUAUCCGCGAUGGUGCCGCGCAGCUGCCGAAAGAACCUGAGGAUCUCCAGCGCCUUCUGCAGGAGGCACGUUUCUUCAUGUUGCCAGAGCUGGAAAAAUGGAUCGAGGAGAGGUUGAAUUCUGUCGCCGUCAUGAUCGAAUUCUUCACUGGUGACUACAGGUGCAGCGAUCAAGAGUGCAACUGCGGUGGUUCGGGCAAGUCAUUCGCCGACGAACCCCAUAAUUCCUACGAGCUUGACCAUCCACGGGUUAAGCGCCCUCCUGUUGUCGCAGAGCCUUUCCUCACAAUGAACGCGUCAUUCAGCAAGGACGAUGGCGACCAGCUCGCUGUGGCCAAGAGCUCUAUCCUUCCUGUGUUGCGAAGCCGUUUUGGAUCGGGCACGCCAGGCACACAGGCGUGGCCCGAAGAGGAGGCAUUCCAGCGUCGCCUGGGUGAGAAGUUACGGCUUCUGGCAUCCAACGGAGAAAUCAUGCAGAUUGAGUUUGUCGUGAAUGUUUUGGAGUAUUCUGUUGGGUGCUUGUACGACCACGAUUACGACAGGAUAUACCAUCAUCAAUCUUUCUUGAAGGCGCGCAUAUCUAGAAAGCCUUCGUCCAUCGAUGUUGCGAAGCGACAGCGCCGUGCCUGAUCAGAGCAUCGUGGUAGAGUGGGCCUGGCGACCGAUUGCGCAGGCGCCGACGCGCGUGUCGAGCCGCUUGCGGUGACACAAAACACCCGUCGCGCAUCCUGCUCGAGGGUCGGCUCGCGAGGGCGGUCUGGCCCCGGCUCGAGACUGUCAUAGUUGAGCAGGCGGACACCCCACCCUGCCGCAGGGGUGAUGCGGCCCCCCUCGCAGAACGGGCACGGUUGGCGACCAGCCUGGUUCGGAGCCCAAGCCGCCCAAGCGGGCUUGGGGGAGACGGGGUCGGG